AUGACCCAGGGAAAGCUCUCUGUGGCUAACAAGGCCCCCGGGACUGAGGGGCAGCAGCAGCAGGCAAAUGGAGAGAAGAAGGAUGCUCCGGCAGUGCCCUCGGCGCCACCCUCCUACGAGGAGGCCACCUCUGGAGAGGGGCUGAAGGCAGGGGCCUUCCCCCAGGGCCCCACGGCUGUACCACUCCAUCCAAGCUGGGCCUAUGUGGACCCCAGCAGCGGCUCCAGCUACGAAGGUGGUUUCCCCACAGGACACCAUGAGCUUUUCACCACCUUCAGCUGGGAUGACCAGAAAGUUCGCCGGCUCUUCAUCAGAAAGGUCUACACCAUCCUGUUGGUCCAGCUGCUGGUGACCUUGGCUGUGGUGGCUCUCUUUACUUUCUGUGACGUCGUUAAGGACUAUGUCCAGGCCAACCCAGGCUGGUACUGGGCUUCCUACGCCGUGUUCUUUGCAACUUACCUGACUCUGGCUUGCUGCUCUGGACCCAGGAGACACUUCCCUUGGAACCUGAUUCUGCUGACCAUCUUUACCCUGUCCAUGGCCUACCUCACUGGGAUGUUGUCCAGUUACUACAACACCACGUCAGUGCUGCUGUGCCUGGGAAUCACGGCUCUCGUCUGCCUCUCCGUCACCAUCUUCAGUUUCCAGACCAAGUUUGACUUCACCUCCUGUCAGGGUGUGCUGUUUGUGCUGCUCAUGACUCUCUUCUUCAGUGGACUCCUCCUCUCCAUCCUCCUGCCCUUCCAAUACGUCCCCUGGCUCCAUGCCGUCUAUGCUGUGCUAGGAGCGGGUGUGUUCACCUUGUUCCUGGCAUUUGAUACGCAGUUGCUGAUGGGUAACCGUCGACACUCGCUGAGCCCCGAGGAGUAUAUUUUUGGAGCCCUCAACAUCUACUUAGACAUUAUCUAUAUCUUCACCUUCUUCCUGCAGCUUUUCGGCACCAACCGGGAAUAAGGAGCCCUCCCCGCCCCCACCUUCCUCCAGAGAAUGUCCCCUCCCCAUCCUGUGACCCUCUCUGUGCUCCUGCGAGACCAGACAUAAACUUGCUGCAGCCAGCCUGUGAGCAGCCGCUCGCUCCUGUAGCCAGCCCUCACGCUGCGCUGCCGGCUUGUACAUCCGCCAUGCUUGGGGCCCUGCAGAUCUGAGGCCACACCGUCCCCCGUGGUGCCCCGGCACCCGAUCGCAUCUUCCAAAUGGCACAGUCAAGGCUGAGGGCACCUCUGGGUUUUCAGACCCAAAGAAUGAGUGGAAGGAGCCCAGCAGGACCUCAGAGGUGGGAAGAAGAUCCCUGGAAAACCAUGGCUGAGACUGUGACCCCCACCAAGUCUUCUCUGGCUCCAUUUUCUCUUUCGGGUCAAGCAACCAUGCUUUGUAAGAAAAAAAUAGCUGAGGGGACAUGUCUGGAACAUGAGGUCAGGGCUCUGUGGCGUGGGGUAAGCUAUCCCCAGCUGCCUCUCUAUCAGCUGCAAGCCAGUUGCUUGUUCUAGGGACCCGGGCAACAUAAGAAGUGGGAAGCCACUGCUUUCAUUACUUGCCUCAGUUUACCCUCCUGGGUCAUCUGGGUCAUAGAACAGGAGGGUGUGCUAAGUCCGUCCUGAGCUCCCAGGCAGGGGAAAGCCAGGGGAAGCUGGGAGGGCUGAACCAGUUGGCUGUCAGUCAAAAACAUCCACUGGAAAGGCACGUAUGACUGCAGGACUAGGACCCCAUCUCUCUUUUUUUCCACUCUGUCGUUCCCACAGACAUAAGGGGAGUGGGGUGGGAGGUCUGAUGGAAGUGGUUCUGUCUGCUGGACUAGCCCUUACUGGGGCUGUCCUUCAGUCCCUUCCACGCCUAUAUCCUAGGUCUUCCCCUGUCUUCUGCUACAUCCAAUCUUAUCUCCAGCCAGGCCUCCUGAGGCUAGAAGCACCAUUUCCCUCCCCCAGCUUCCCUGGCCACUCAGCCCAGAGUUCCUGGGCCCUUGCCCCCUUAUCUCCACAUCUCUGUAAUUUGGAAGCUGUCCAGUUAAUGGUCACAGCCAGAGCCAGUCCCUUGAGCCUGUCCCCUGUGAUGAAGCCAGAAUUCCUUAUCAACUUCCAGGCUGCUGGGAUCUCAGGCAGAGCGUGCGUCAGUCACCCUGCCCUGGCUUCGUGCCUGCUGGAGUGGGGACCAGGGGCCCACACCUGGGGCAGCAUGCAGGCAAUACAUGCACACGGCCAGCACUAGGCCAGUGGAAAGUUACUGGGUGAACUACAAGGCCCUGAGUGGGUAUAGGGGACCCUGUUUACCCCAGGAAAGGGAACUAGGUAGCCUGUGCAUCCCUGCCCCUCCCCACCCUGCCUGCUCUAGC